AUUCGCCCGUUUCCUGGACAACGAAACGCUAAGCAGCCGAACUGACGGAAAAGACGGAAUGCAACUACCUUAACUUCAGAAAGUUCACAGCACGUUCACAGAUAAAACUCGUUUUAAUUACGGGUUUUCUUGUAGUCAUGUAUAAAAGAAGUUAGGAGACCUGGGAAAUACAAAAAACUGCAAACAUGAGUCGAUUCGGGAUGAUGAGGCACCACCGUUUCCUGGAGCAGGAAACUAACAGGACAGACGAGGUCAAGCGGCUAUACCGGGAAAAGGGGCUGAAGGCCCGCCUGGAUGUGGAGGAGACGGUCGACAGGAGGAGACACAUGCGGGAAAUGCGACAGCAGCUCAAGGAGCGGCAGAUAGAGGAAGGUCUAAUCAAGGCUGAGGAGGACAGAAUAAACAGGGAAAAACAACGGGAGCAGGAGGAGAGGAUAUCUCAAGAGCUGGCCCGCAUCGCCCAUGAGAAGCAAAAAGAUGAGAAAAUGAGGCAGCAGGUUAGAGCAAACAGCCUGGAGAUCAGGGAGCUGGAAUCCAAGCUGCUGGCUGCGUAUGUGAGCAAGGAGAGAGAUGCUCAGUUAGCUGAGAGGGAAGCGAUGAGACGUCAGAACGCUCUGGUUGAGGCAGAGUUGGCUGAAGCACUGAAGAAAGAACGUGAAGAAGCAGCCGCUGAGCUCCGGAAGCAGGAGGAGAAGCAGCAUCAGGACAUGGUUCAGCUCAAGAAAGAGCUGGAUGCGCAGGUCAUGGAGAGGGAGAUCAAGAGACAGGAGGCGUACGAGCAGUUCCUCAAGGAAAAGCUCAUGGUGGACGAGAUCAUCAAGAAAAUAUACGAAGAGGAGCAGAUGGAGAGACAGCUAAAGCUGGAGAAGAUCCAAGCCACCAACCAGCAAAUUGAGGAGUUCAAACAGGAGCAGGCGAAGUGGAAGCUCCUGGAGCAGGAGAAGAUCGAGGCGGAAAACAGACGCAUCAUGGAGUACGUAAAGCAGCAGCAGGAUGCGGAAGAGUCCAGAAAAAUUCAGAUGAAAGAACGGGAAGAAGCAAAGGAACAGAUCCAGAAAAUGCUGUGUGAGAAGAUGGAAAAGGACCGGAAGCAGCGUGACGACUUCGAAGCCGUCCGUCAGGAGCUUUACUUGGAGGAACAAGAGGAGGCAGAGAGAAAGAGAGACAUUGAAGCGAUGGAAAAGAGGAUCAGGCAGAAGCUGAUGGCGCAGCAGAGCUUCCAGGAGCACAAGGCCUUCAAAGAGAAACAGAAGCAGCAACAGAAAAAGGAGGAGCUGGCCUUCAGGGAAGCCAUGAUGGCCAAGUUCGCAGAGGACGAUCGGAUCGAGCAGAUGAACGCCCGGAAGCGGCGCAUGAAGCAGCUGGAGCACAGACACGAGGUGGAGAGGCUGAUAGAGGACAACAGACGACGGCGAGAGGCUGAAGAGGAACAGGAAGCUAGAGCCAGAGCAGCUGAGCAGCAAGAAGAGGCGGUGAUUAAGAGGAUCAUAGAAGAAGAAAGAGUGAAGCUCCUGAAGGAACAUGCACUAAAACUCCUAGGAAACUUUCCCAAGGACUUUCUCCGUAAAGACGACCUGGAACACUUCGACGAAGACUUCAGGAAGUAUUUUGAACCUCGUCGGACUGAUGAACCUUUGUUUCCAGCCUGAGUAGUUUCUCCUCCACUUGGCCUCUAGGGGGCAGAGUAAGGGUGCUGUGAAUGUGUUGCAGAUUGUUUAUUUUAAUGAUUUCUCAGCACAAGACACACGUUUGUUCAAAUUGUUUAUAAGUUUACUUAUUAAAAUGUGCAGCAUUGUCUUUAAUGUAAUUUUGAUUUAGGAACUUAAUGAACAUUUAUAGAUCUUUUCUGUUUUCAAACAUAAAAUCUUUUCCACACAGAUGAACGCCAUAAAUUAAAGCAUGUUGACCUUUACUAGUUGAAAACGUCAAGUUGCUUCUUCAAACCCUCAUUUUGUUUUCAGAAAGUUGGUUUUCGUCAGUCUACAGGAAGUUUUGGUUGUUGAUUUAUAAAAUAAUUGUGAAUGAAUCUCUUGUAAUGUAAAUCAAAUUAGGUUUAUGCAUCAUUUUGUGCUCUGGAAUCAUAAAUUGGAGUUUGAGUUGUUCAAACUUCACCAAAACAAUAUAAAAACAUUCAUAGAAGAGUGAUGAUAGUUUGUAUUUACUGUACCAUGUCAAUAUUUUGAUGGUAAGUUUGUACCAACUUUAUUCAUCCACAGUGUUCAGUUUUGCAGC